ACAUCACAGAAGCAAAGAAAAGUAACAGAGAGGGAGGGAGCUUCUUCCACUUCCACAAAAAGCACUUCUCAUCAGCAGCUUCUUUCUACAAUUAAUGGAGCACCCAGCAAAGAAGCCCAGCAGCAGCAGCAGCAGCAGCAGCAACAAGAUCACAGAGAUAGUGAGGCUGCAGCAGAUGCUGAGGAAGUGGAAGAAGCUGGCCUCAGCUGCCCCCAGAAGCAACUACAAGUUCCUGAAGAAGACCCUCUCCUUCUCUGCUGAUACCAGCUCUCAUCAUCAUCUGGACCCCUCCUGCAGCAGCAGCAGCAGCAGUGGUGGUGGUGGUGGUGGUGGGCAUGCAGUGGUGGUUCCCAAGGGCUUCUUUGUGGUCUCUGUGGGGGAGGAGCAGAAGAGGUUUGUGAUACCCACAGAGUACUUGAGCCACAGUGCUUUUGAGGAGCUUCUGAGAGAAGCUGAGGAGGAGUUUGGGUUCCAGCAUGAGGGGGUGCUGAGGAUCCCAUGUGAGGUGGGGGUGUUUGAGAGCAUUUUGAAGGUGGUGGCGAAGAAGAAGAAGCAGCAGCAGCAGAAGAGCUUCUGCUACUGCUCUUGUGAAGCUGAGCUGGGUCAAACCCACCACCCUCAGAAACCUAUUUGCAGAUGAUUAAUUGUUAUUAUUAUUGUUUUUUAGUGCUCUUUUUUUCCUGUUAUUUUGAGAGAGGGAAAGAAAUGAGAAAUGCUAAUUUCCUGUUGCUGCUAUUAUAUAAUAUUAUAUUAUGAGAGCAAGCAAAGGUUUAUUGAGGUUCAAAUUCCAUGUUA